AUGGCUAUUCCUCCGUCCGAAUUGGGCCAGUCUGGCAAUCAAACCGCCUUGUCGGUAUCGAGAAAUUCAUCGCGGUUUCUUGGCUACAUAAACGCUGCAAAUCUAACGCCUGUUUACCAGAGAGAGAUAUUAAGAGAGUGGGCCCCAUACUCGAACCGCAACAACGCAUGGGGUCGACAGCCUGAGAACUACGUUGAUGUCGAGCAUGGAGUUGUUCGUAAAUGGGAGGGACAGCAAACCGAAGGGCUGUAG